AUGUCGCUUCUACCGAUGGAUGUGUUGUGCGAGAUCAUGAAGCAAAUUCCUUUUUCGGACGUCAAGACGCGAUUCAAUAUGUCGCUAGCCAACAAAGAACUAUGGACCAAGGCCCCAAAAAUCCACAAAGAAAUUAAUCAUGAGGAGCUUUUCGACAUGGUCAUGGAUGAACUUCCAUCCGAGCACAAUGCUUUGCUGAAAUCCAACUCAAAAGCCAAUCUCUUUGAUGAACAAGAUAUCCCAAUCGAGACUGUAGAGGAACACGCCACCCCAAUUGACGAC